AUGUUUCUCUUAUCCACAGGUGUCGUGCAGCAGAAGGUCCUGGGCAUCUUCCCCUCUGGACCCCCUGCUAACAUGAGGACUUACAGCACAUUACAUCCAACGACUGGAAACAUGAACAUCAGAGCCUCCAACUCCACAACAACCACCCCGCAGCAGACCGUCACAACAGUAGGUCAAAUCCAAUCGGGCACCACACCUUCACCAGCUACGGCUGCGGGCGCAGCGAUGCUCAGGAGUCCAGCGUUGGCUCAGCAAGGCCAGCCUCAGCAGACUGGCUCCGCCCCCCUGCAGACCCCUCAGAGAGCAGCAGGUCCGGCCCCCCCGACCCCCGGACAGACGCCUGCCGCCCCCCAGCCCAGCAGACCCCAGCAGGGUCAGGUUAAACUCACCAUGGCUCAACUCUUGCAGCUCACACAGGGCGCUCAGGGGGGGAACCCUGGUCUGACGGUGGUGAUCCAGGGUCAGGGGCAGACCCAGGGUCAGUUACAGAUCCUCCCCCAUGGGGUGACGGUGGUCCCCAGCCCCGGGCAGCAGCUCAUGCAGGCGGCCAUGCCCAACGGCCAGGUGCAGCGGUUCCUCUUCACCCCCGUCCCCCCAUCAUCCUCCCCCUCCUCACCCACUACCACCCCUCAAACGCCGCUUCAAAGCCAAACCAGAGCCCCCGCACAAGUCCAAACCACCCCCUCGUCCCUGACACAAACAAAAAUGGUCGCCCCUCUUCCUGUCCCGACACAAAUGCCGAGUUUGGCUCCCAUGCAGAACAAAAUGGCUUCUCAGAUAUGCUCACCCACUUCCCUCCCCCACCCUAUUCCCUCCCCAGCAAUGACUCAAAUCUCCACCCUCUCUUCGGGGGUUUUCCCUGCACAAACUGCAGUUUCGCUCCCUUUCCCGGGACAAGUUGCACCCCAAAUCCAGACACAUGUUUUAAGCCCCGCCCCUUCUUUAGCCCCGACUUUAAUCAAAACCUCCCCCCAAAUGGCCGUAUCUACAAACUCGCUUCAGAUCCCAGCGUCCGCCUCUCUUCCCUCUCCGGUCAGAGUCCCGACCCCAGCUCUCGCCCCCGUUUCCUCCCCAGUUUUAGGUGUUGUUUCCACACAGAUUUUAGCCCCCUCCCCAGGGGGUCUGACUCAGAUCCAGACCCCCCUUCAUGUACCUCUUCAUGCUGCUGUGGUCACCCCCGUCACCGCCACCGCUACAACACCCUCAGUGCCAGCUCUGGCUGAUCUUAGGACGGCUCAGCACCAGCUCUGGACCCCGACCUUGUCUCAGACCCUGGUCCAUCAGCCUCAGAACCCCCCCGCCCUGCCUCAGCCCCCUCCCCCAGGACUCCCUGCUGUGGUCUCAGUGCAGCAGCUCUCUCAGAUCCCUGUUUCAGCGGUUCAGGUCCACAUGGGCCUCCCUGCUGUCAGACCCUCACAGCCUCAGAUCCAGACUCCUCUCUCCCCCCAGCGCCAGAACCAGAUCCAGAACCAGAUCCGGGCCCAGAUCCAGGUCCAACCGUUCGCCCAAGUGCAACACAUUCAGGCCCAAGCACAAGCCCAGAACCACGGACAGGUCCGGGUUCAGUUCACGCCUCAAACGCAGACACAGAACCUCCAGCCUCAGGUCCAGUUUCAGCCCCAGGUCCAGACCCGGGUCCAGCCUCAGUACCACCCGCAGAUACAGGCUUCGUUUCAACCCCAGGCUCAACAGCAGCAGGUCCAAACUCAGGCCCAGAACCAGCUCCAUCCCCAGGUUCAGAUCCAGUUCCAGCAACAGAGCCAGGUUCAGCAGCAACCCCAGGUCCAAGCUCAAAUCCAAACCCAGUUCCAAGUCCAGCAGCAGCAACAACCCCAGGUCCAAACUCAAAUCCAAACCCAGUUCCAGGUCCAGUCCCCGCAGCAGAACCAGGUCCAGCAGCAGCAGAUUCAGAUCCAAGCCCAACCUCAAGUCCAAGCAAAGCUCCAGGUCCAGUUCCAGCCUCAGAACCAGACCCAGGUGCAGGUCCAGUCCCCCCUCAGGCACCAGCUGAUCACGGUACCGGGCCUCCAGCAGCCGGUGCAGCUCCUCUCCGCUCUCCCUCCCCACGUGGCGGCUCAGAUCCAGGCCCAGAUCCAGAUCCAGGCCCAGCAGCAGGGUGGAGCGGUACCACAGCAGAUCAAACUGCAGCUGCCCAUCCAGAUCCAGCAGCAGCAGCCGACCCAGAACCACCAGAUCCAGAACCUCCAGAUCCAGCAGCAGUCGACCCAGAACCACCAGAUCCAGAACCUCCAGAUCCAGCAGCAGCCAACCCAGAACCACCAGAUUCAGAUCCAGCAGCAGCCGACCCAGAACCACCAGAUUCAGAACCUCCAGAUCCAGCAGCAGCCGACCCAGAACCACCAGAUCCAGAACCACCAGAUCCAGAACUUGGUGACCAUCCAGGCGCCGGCGAGCGUCCAAGAGCUGCUGAAGAUCCAGCAGAAACCAAAGAAGAAGAAACAGCAGGAGGGGAAGCAGAAGGACCAGAACCAGAACCUGCGGGCUGUGAGCCCGGCGGGGGAGGGGGUUCAGAAACAGGCGGUGGUGGUGGUGAAGCAGAGUUCCUCGGCCGAGCAGCUGAAGCAGAAGAAAAGUCUCGCUGCCGCCGAGAGAGAGGAGAACCAGAGGUCUGAGGAGCAACCACAGAAAACACACACACACACACACUCGUCCCACAGCGAGGACAUGUACUUUGUUACACAACAGUUGGACACUAUAGCGAGUAGACUCAAAUAUUAAAUUAGAGGCAAACACAUGGGGAUAGAAAUCAAAUAAGUAUGCAUCAUAUAACAGGAGUGAAGUUGCAGUAACUUUUGACAUUUAGAUCAUACUGACUCAUUUGAAAGGCGAUAGGAUGAAAUCUGUAG